UGGCGCGUGUAUCAGCGGCAGAGAGCAGCGCUAGUCUGUUGCUAGGUGCCGAGCCAAGUGGUCGAGUCUGGGGGAAUUGACAUUCUGGGUCAGCUAGUGGCAUUUCACUAUAGAGUGCAAUUUAAUAUUUCAUAAACCCCACACUCGAGAUCAUAUUUUGGUCGGCUAUUCUGAAAGGAAAACAGCACUACUCUAGUGGGGAACACGGAAGAGAGAUCAGUGACUGACUUCUUUGUCUGGUUCGCCCUGAGAGCGCGAAAGGGACGCCCAAUCGGGCUGGGCAACGCGUGAACUCGGUGCAAGAGUGAGGUUAGGUCGUGGAAAGGGGGACUUUUUCACGAUUUUUCAUACUUUAGACACUCUGAGGGGAAAGGCGAAGGAAGUAUAGGAAAGUGUGAUUAGGUCACAAGUGUGUGCAUUUUGAGUGUGAUUUGGUCACGGUGACUCAAAUAAAUUGUGAAACAAUCGUGCGGUAAGAUAAGCCUGACGCCUCUCUUUCCGGGAAAUCAGUCGUUACUGGUUAUGGAAGCGACUGGGUAAUACCCAAAAAGAGUUUCGAGCAGAAAAUGUUGCAAAGACUAUCCUGAAAAUUUCAGAAGCGCGAGCAUUUUUGCUUGGUCUGACAGUUUUGUGCUAAAAAUACACCGUUAAGAAAAGGUGAGGCGAAGAGAGAGUGUGGCAAAGCCAACUGCAAAUGCCAGAGACGCCACGUGCCUAAGAAAGGAAACUCUGAUCGGUUUUUUUUGUGGUGCUAAGAAAAGACUCAAUAUACCAAAUAAUUCCAUAAGUUAAUUCGUAGUUUGUGCAUUAAAAAAUAUAUUGAAUGAGUGAUAUUAUUGGAGUGGAGCAGAAUACGAUAAAAAUGUCUCUGGAACAAGGACCAAAUAUCUCCCUUGGCGGAGAUCUUGAGGAAUUUUAUAUUUUCGUGAAGGAUCUUCUCGAUCGGUAUCUGGACAUUGGCGAGGAUCUCAAUGUGCCAGAUGACUUUACACAGAGCGAAAUGCAAACGGGCAUGUGGUGGAGACACUUGGCGGCUGGUGGAAUUGCAGGAGCAGUUUCGAGAACAUGCACAGCACCAUUAGACAGAUUAAAAGUCUUUCUACAGGUUCAGUCGUCCAAGCAGAGAAUCUCAGAUUGUCUCAAGUACAUGCUGAAAGAGGGAGGAGUGGGCAGCUUGUGGCGUGGCAAUGGCAUCAAUGUCCUGAAAAUCGCCCCGGAGAGCGCCAUAAAGUUUGCGGCGUAUGAGAAGGUGAAGCGCCUGAUUCGGGGGAAUGAGAAACGACAGAUGAGCAUCUAUGAGCGAUUCGUGGCGGGCGCGUGUGCCGGUGGCGUGAGUCAGACUGCAAUAUAUCCACUUGAGGUGCUGAAGACGCGCCUGGCACUGCGCAAAACUGGCCAGUAUUCGGGGAUUUUGGAUGCUGCGAAGAAGAUUUACAUGACGGAGGGCAUCAGGAGCUUCUAUCGGGGAUACAUUCCAAAUAUGUUGGGUAUUAUACCGUAUGCUGGGAUUGACUUGGCGGUGUAUGAGACACUGAAGAAGAAGUAUCUGAGCACGCAGGAGAACAAACAACCUGGUCUGCUGCUUCUAUUGGCAUGUGGAAGCGCCUCUAGUACACUCGGUCAAGUUUGCUCGUACCCUCUGGCCCUGGUGAGAACCAGAUUGCAAGCACAAGUGAUCGCAGCUGGAAAAGCGGGCCAGGCACUGAGCGAGCAGCAACAGACGAGCAUGGUGGGCCUGUUCAGGCACAUCUUGAAGACCGAGGGCUUCCUCGGGCUGUACCGUGGCAUCACGCCCAACUUCAUCAAGGUCUUGCCGGCGGUGUCCAUCAGUUAUGUGGUGUAUGAGUACUCGAGCCGCGCCCUGGGCGUCAAUAUGACGUGAUGCAGACGCUCUCUAGACACACUAGCCCACUUUUCAAUUGAAAUUUAUCUCUAAGUUUAGGCGAAUCAUGUUUUCAAUCAUGAUCCUCGCGGAUCUGAAUUGCAAGAAGAAGAGAAGCCUCUCCAUCCAAAAUGAUGCAAAGACGAUACAAUGAGAAGACUCUUUCAUAAAUGGUCGAUCUCUAAGUAAAGAUCAAUGGAAAAUACUAUGAGAAAAAUGGUUAACUUAACUAAUUUAUGAUAAACAAGAAAGUAACAUUAGUGGAAUUUAGAAGAUAUGAAAAACAGCAAGAAAAACUAGACAAUUUUAAUCAAACUCACAAGAUCUCCUGAAUCGAGAAGAAAUGUUAGGUUUUCUUUCAUUCUAAUUUACAAAAGAACUUGAGACUCUGAAUAGCAUGUGAAAUAAAUGUAUUUUGUUACCGUCACGAUAUUUUUAUUUCUUCCCUGUGGAGAAUGGAAAGUUGUAUUGAUUGUAAAAAGACAGAUGAAAUGUUAAACUUUGGCAUUGCAUUUCGUAUCUUUGUGAGUUUAUUUCUUAUCAAAUUAAUUUAACACCGAAAGUAUGAUUUAUUUAUUUAUUUAAAAUAGGAAAAUAUGAGCAAAAAUUAUAUCUGUGGAGAGGGAAAAAUCAUUCAUUAUACUUUGCUAGGGUCAUUUUUAUAAUUUUCUUCAAUUGGCAUUCGAUCUAUUUUGAUUUAAAUUUUUUGUCAAUAGGUAGUAAAGAUUCUGUGAUGUUAUAUUUAAUGGAUUAGCAAGAAUGGGAAGAUUUAUUGGGGAAGAGACAAAAAAAAAUUCCGUACAAUUCUUUAACAAGUUUCGACGAAAAACAAAUACUUUGACUGUAGGAUUGUAAAAUGUUUAAAAACUAUUCAGAACACAUUGAUAAAUUUUUUUUAGGUAGGCCUAUAAACAAUUAAAAGAAAUUAUAAAAGAAGGAAUAUAAUAUUCUAUGAAUGUACCAUUUUUUAUAAUAUUUAAACUGAUAAAAAAUCUUUACCUCUGGUUGUUGAGAAAGAAUGGAAAAAUUGGUAAGAUGAUUGGCGUCACUUCAUUCAAAAGAUUUAACUAAUUAUAUAAUAAAAAAGCUUCACAACAAAUUUUCUUAUGACGAAUAUACAAAAAAAAUGCUUGAUAAUAUAAUGUUACAAAAGCACAUCUUCCUCGUCGAGAUUUCUUCAAAGAAUAAUUCUCUACGUUGUGUUGAUACUGUAUUAAUUGAAUUUUUCCUCAAAUAAAGUGAUUUUGCCAAA